CACAACAACAGCAAUGACGCGCCUAGUCACUACGGCUGCGCGUAGAACAGACAGCUGAUAACUCAUCUAUUAUGCUACUUGGCUAAAUCCAAAUCAUCCAGGAAAGUGAGUGGAGGCCGCCGUUGGACACACCGGAGGACCAAGCCCAAAGUAGCAGGCGAAGGAGCCCUGUGCAAGUCGUACGAUGGGAGUUUGUCUCCUGGAGGGAAACGUCCAGCUGAAGGAACAACGCAAGUGACACAAAAAGCACGCAGGCACCCACAUACGCUCCCACCCGCGCGCACCCCCCUCGGACCGACAGAGGGCCUUUUCCCAAUUUCCCUCCCGCGGUCAGACGCUGCAUCCCCACGCCGCAUUAGCGCGUCGCCGCCGUCCACCAUGUCGGACGCCCCCGAGGCUGCCCCUCCGAGUCCCCCCACCCUCACCAACCCGCCUCCGCCGGAGGUCACCAACCCCACCAAGCCCGGGAGGAAAACCAACCAGCUGCAGUACAUGCAGAACGUGGUGGUGAAGACGUUGUGGAAGCAUCAGUUUGCGUGGCCUUUCUACCAGCCCGUGGACGCCAUCAAGCUGUGCCUGGCGGAUUACCACAAGGUGAUCAAGAACCCGAUGGACAUGGGCACCAUCAAGAAGCGUCUGGAGAACAACUACUACUGGAGCGCCAGUGAGGCCAUGCAGGACUUCAACACCAUGUUCACCAACUGCUACAUCUACAACAAGCCCACGGACGACAUCGUGCUGAUGGCGCAGGCGCUGGAGAAGAUCUUCCUCCAGAAGGUGGCGCAGAUGCCUCAGGAGGAAGUGGCACUGCUGCCGCCCGCCCCCAAAGGCAAGAACAAGAGCAAACAGCUGCCCGCCGCCGCCGCCGCCGCCACCACAGUGAGUCAGCAGGCGGAGUCUUCGGCGUCGCCGCCCGCCUCCUACCCCUCCCCCUCCCAGACGGCCGUCAUUUCGGCCACGCCCACGAACGUCCAGGCCACGCCUCCCGCCCCCGCGCCAACACAGCCGCCGGCCGCCAUGAUGCCGUCCGCGCAGCCCGUCGUCAAGAAGAAGGGCGUGAAGAGGAAAGCCGACACCACCACGCCCACCACGUCGGCCAUCUCGGCAGGCCGCGCCGACUCGCCCACCGCGCAGGACGUCAAACCCGCCAAGCUGGCCUCGGCCCGCCGGGAGGCCGCCGCCCGCCCCGCCAAAGCCCGGCGGGAGGCGGGCGAGGAGCUGGCGGCCGGCGACGCGGGCAGCGGCGGAGGCGGGGCGGCCGUCGGCGGUGGCGUCGGCGGCGCCCGCAAGGCGGGGAAGCUGGGAGAGCAGAUGAAACACUGCGACGCCAUCUUGAAGGAGAUGCUGUCCAAAAAGCACGCCGCCUACGCGUGGCCCUUCUACAAGCCCGUCGACGCCGAGGCCCUCGAGCUGCACGACUACCACGACAUCAUCAAGCACCCCAUGGACCUCAGCACCGUCAGGAAAAAGAUGGACAAAGGCGAGUACUGCGACCCACAGAGCUUCGCCACCGACGUCAGGUUAAUGUUCUCCAACUGCUACAAGUACAACCCCCCCGACCACGAGGUGGUGGCCAUGGCCCGCAAGCUACAGGACGUGUUCGAGAUGCGCUUCGCCAAGAUCCCCGACGAAGGCGUGGAGGCGUCGGCGCCGUCCACGACGCCAUUGGUUAGUAAAAGCACGGCCUCGUCCGACAGCAGCAACAACUCCUCCUCAGACGAGUCGUCCGACUCAGAGGAGGAGCGCGCCACGCGGUUGGCUGAGCUACAGGAGCAGGUUGGUGCUGCCGGCCAAUCCCAGCUGAAGGCCGUGCACGAGCAGCUGGCCGUCCUGUCGCAGGCGCCCGUCAGCAAGCCCAAGAAGAAGAAGGAGAAGAAGGACAAGGACAAGAAGAAGGACAAGGCCGACAAGACGGCCGCCAAGGCCAAGCCCGACGACGACAAGAAGCCCAAGGCCGCCGCCCAGCAGCCCAAGGCGGCCAAUCAGAAGAAGGCGCCGGCGCGCAAAGCCAACAGCACCGUCGCCGCCGCCAGACAAGCCAAGAAAGGCACCAAGGCGGCGGGAGGAGGCUCGGCCAACGGCGACGACGGGGGCGGAGCCGGCGAGGAGUCGUCUUCUCUGCCAAUGUCGUACGACGAGAAACGCCAGCUGAGUCUGGAUAUCAACCGCCUACCCGGAGAAAAGCUGGGCCGCGUGGUGCACAUCAUCCAGUCCAGGGAACCUUCCCUGAGGGACUCCAACCCAGACGAGAUCGAGAUCGACUUUGAGACUCUCAAGCCGUCCACGCUCCGAGAACUGGAGCGCUACGUCAAAUCGUGCCUGCAGAAGAAGCAGCGGAAGCUCUUGCAGAAGCAAGCUGGAGGCGGGGCCUCGGGAGGCGGGGCUAGUCGUUUGAGCGGGAGCUCGUCUUCCUCGUCUGACGACAGCUCCUCAACGGGAACGUCCUCUUCCUCAGACACAGACUGAACACACACCGACACGCACACACCUUCUGGACUUGUUACACACACACACCAUACACACACACACGUACGUAUAUAAAUAUAUAAAUAUAUACAUUCAAGUACACACACACACACAUACACACACCCUGAUGUAUGUACAUAAGCUCAGCUGUUUUUUUUUUUUUUAGCAUCUAGUCUUUUGUUUUUUUGAAUUUUGUUCUUUGUUUGUGGAGGAAAAGAAAAACUCGACACGCUUGCCGUGAAAAGAAUGGGACAAAUGUGUCGGCCUCACGUGGGGGGGGUGUCACUGUUUUUAGGGGCGGCGCAGUGUUUCUUCGACAAGACUUUUCUAGCCGACGAAAACAUUUCGUGACGUUGCCGCUUGCCCCACCUUUCCACCAACACUACAUGUCUCACUUCCUGUCGGGAGACCCGCCUCUCGCCGAAUAAUGGUGCGAGGGGGAAAUACGUUUUUAAUAUUUGAAAUUUUACGUUCUUAAUCUGUCUUGUUUGGCCACCCACCCCCCGUGAUGACAUCAUUGAUGUCGUCCGUCCGGUCGGUCAGACGGCUGGCGUGCGAUGGACGUGCGGGCGAGUUUGUUUUUAGUUGCUCUACUAGUUUUUUUUUUUUUAAUUUUACUAAGAAAAAGGAAAAGAGUGAUUUGAUGUGUUUGCAUGCACUCCGUCGGGCCGUACGUCAGCACUGUAUAGUAGCUUCCUGUAUAGUAGCUUCUCGUCAAGUAGCUUCUUGUGUAGUCGUCGUGCUACACGCGUGUGCUACACGCCAACACACGAGAAGCCAGAAGAAAAAAAAAAAAGUCAUUUGGUGUAAUUACUGAUAUGGGAUCCUUAUUUUCUGACUUCCUUUCUUUUCAUAAAUAAACAUAAAGUGACCUUG